AUGAAGAGUGGGACAUUUAUUUGUUGUUUCUUUCAGAUUUCAGACAUUCAAACACUGAGGAUGAACCGGACAGUCCUGACAGAGUUCAUUCUUGGUGGCUUCUCUGGUCACCCAUACAUGCAGACGUUCCUCUUUGUGCUCUUCCUUUGCCUCUACCUGGUCACCCUCACAGGGAACCUGGCCAUCAUGGGCCUGACGUGGGUGGACAGAUCUCUCCACACCCCCAUGUACCUCUUCCUUAGUGCUCUCUCUUUCUCUGAGACCUGCUACACACUGACCAUCAUCCCCAGGAUGCUGGCAGAUCUACUGGCUGAGAACAGAAGCAUUUCAGUCAUAGGUUGUGGCCUGCAGAUGUAUUUUUUCUUGGGACUCGCUGGCACUAACUGUAUCAUCCUCACUGUGAUGGGAUAUGAUCGCUUCCUGGCCAUCUGCAACCCUCUCAGAUACCCAGUCCUCAUGACCAAUGUGGUAUGUGGACAACUUGUGGCCGGUGCUUGGGCUGGAGGCUUCUUUGUCUCUCUGACGGAGACUUCCCUGAUAUUCAGGGGCUCUUUCUGCAGCCCCAACCUUGUCAAACAGUUCUUCUGCCAUAUGCGAUCGGUUGUCAGGCUGUUGUGUCGAGACGGCAACCUCACAGAAUCCAUUGUCACAGGGGUCUCAGUGUCAGGCUUGCUGGGCACCUUCCUGCUCAUCAUUUUCACUUACGUUUUCAUUCUCUCCACUGUCCUCACGAUGCCCUCAGCUGAAGGCAGGCAGAAGGCAUUUUCCACCUGUGGCUCCCACCUCACAGUGGUCGUCAUCCACUUUGGUUUUGGAGCUGUUGUUUAUCUGAAGCCAGAAUCCUCAGGAGACGAGGACGCCCUCAUGACACUCCCAUACACUGUCAUUACCCCUUUCCUCAGCCCCCUCAUUUUCAGCCUCAGGAAUAAAGACAUGAAGAAUGCUUUUAGAAAGCUGCUUGGAAAGAAGAGUUUCUUGAAUAAAUAA